CGCAUUCUCUCCCUGGUGCUGCUGCCGCUGCUGCAUCUCAACGACGCAUCGCGUUGAUGGGGAACAUCUCUGUAGGGGCACACAUCACUUUGACAGAGUAACAGCUCUACACCACAAAGCAACAUGGACAUCCUGAAGUCACUGGGCCACCCGGAGGAGAUAUUCAACCUGUUUAAGUUUAAAAUGGGAGGCUGCAGAGCCGUCAUGCCAAAGUUGGAUUACGAGGCCAUGACGGAGAGUCUGCGGACCUGCUAUCUGUACCUGAACCAGACCAGCAGGAGCUUUGCAGCUGUGAUCCAGGCGCUGGACGGGGAGCUGAGACAUGCCGUUUGUAUUUUCUACCUGGUGCUGCGAGCACUGGACACAGUGGAGGAUGACAUGACCAUCCCUCUGGAUAAGAAGGUUCCCAUGCUGAACGACUUCCACACCUACCUGUACCAGGAUGAGUGGUGCUUCACAGAGAGCCAGGAGAAGGACCGACAGGUUCUGGCAGAUUUCCCCACGAUAUCACUGGAAUUCAGAAACCUGGCUCAGGAAUACAAAGACGUCAUCUCAGAUAUCUGCCACCGUAUGGGAGUCGGAAUGGCUGAAUUCCUGGAAAAGAAAGUGGGAUCCAUGAAGGAAUGGGACCUGUAUUGUCACUACGUGGCGGGGCUGGUGGGUAUCGGUCUGUCCCAGCUGUUCUCUGCGUCCCAGCUGGAGGACCCCGAGGUGGGGCGCGACACCGAGCUGGCCAACUCCAUGGGCCUGUUCCUCCAGAAGACCAACAUCAUCCGAGACUAUCUGGAGGACACGCAAGAGGGACGUGCCUUCUGGCCACAAGAGGCUUGGAGUCAGUUUGCCAAUCGGCUGGAGGACUUGGCUCAGCCUGAGAAGCUGGAGUCGGCUCUCUCCUGCCUCAAUAUGCUGGUCACUGAUGCUCUGCGACACGUACCGGAUGUUAUCGCCUACCUGUCCCGCCUGCGCAACCAGAGCGUCUUCAAUUUCUGUGCCAUUCCACAGGUGAUGGCAAUAGCUACACUGUCGACGUGCUACAACAACCCCAUGGUGUUCCAGGGAGUGGUGAAGAUCAGAAAGGGACAGGCAGUCACACUCAUGAUGGAAGCCACCAACAUGACAGCUGUGCAGACCAUCAUCUCCCAGUACAGCCAGGAGAUUCUACAGAAGGUCUCCCUCACGGACCCGUCGCGGGACAAGACCCUGCACAUCCUAGCUGUGAUCCAAGAGAAGUCCGCCCUGUCACAGUCCAGCCUCCCCUCCAGGACCCCCCACCUGUCGCCCAUGUACCUGUCUGCUGCCAUGCUGCUCGCCGCUCUCAGCUGGCAGUACCUCAGCACCACCGCAGCACAGGCACAGGGCACCGGAGACAUGCACGGACAGUGAACUCAUCCACCCUCACCUUUUCCGGGGGGCCCACAGACUCAGAAAGCCCUUUGCCCACUCUGGAGGUGUGGAUCUCCUCUGACUGGAGGAAUCUGAAGCCCUUCUUCCCUCUUUGCCCUCUUGAUUAUGGCCGUUACAGGACCAUGGCCAUGUGUAGACUGUGGACGGUUUCUGGUAGCAGGCUGGUCUCUUUAGGUUGUGUGACAGUUAUUUUGAGUAGUCCAUCCCACGUCUGGAUAAAUUUUUCCCACACAGUGUUGUGUGGUUAAUUCACCAGCAUAAAUGGCACAUUGACAAUUCAGGGCGUUUUGUUGUUUGAUGUAAUUUUAUUUGUUUGGUUUGUUUAAAACAUUUUUGACCCAUAUUUGAAUACUUCAAUAAUUUAAAUUACAAAGUUGAGUUUGUCUGGAACCUCUCAGUUUAUUUUCGACAUCCAAGGAUAGACUUACCACCAAUCAGAGCAACAGAAUGACAAGCGCUGAGCGACGAACAAAUGUAAACAGACUACAGCAUGCAGAGAUGAGCGAGUGUUGCUGUUUGACAUGAUCAGGCUUCAAACACAGCGUCCCACAUUAGCUGCAGGCAUCUUGGUUGUUUUUGAAAAUGCCUCCAUAGUGCAUCUCUUUAUUAAUCUAGGUUUAUGCUCACUAUUGUGUCCCUGGCGCAAAGGUGCACAAGCCAAAAAUGAUGUUGUUGAAGGCUCUGCAAGUUGUAAAUCACUGACUCAAGACCAGAGACCAGAAUGGAAUCACAACAUCGCCAAGGACACAGCACCUUUUGGGGGAAAGAAACGCGCUUUCUCGUCAGAAGAGAAACAGCAAAAUGCCAAAAGCUAUUGUGUAGCAGGUUAUAACUGAGGCUAACUAAGAUCUGAGGCACAUUAGAUACGUGAAUCUUCACUGUCAGUGUCGAGAAUCUCUAAAAUGAUGCUGGUGACAGUUACACCUGAAGGACAGGGAAGUUAGUUUUAUUUUCCACCUAAAGUGUGCUGAACUGGUGAAGUGCACACGACAUGACACUACCCAUUUCAGGAUUUUGGGGGACACAGUCACCAAACUCCGUUAAGUUUUUCUUUUAAUUUUGUGUCAAAUCUUCAUAUUUUUCAUGUCAAAGCUAGCUUAAUAUUCCAUUUGUGAUGUUUCCACAGGAGAAACACUCAAAUGAAAUUCAUCACAGUGCACUUUACAGCAAAUGCACUGCGUGUUAGCGUAGAUGACGUGGACAGCAUCCACUCACAGUAGAGCUUUAUUUCACCUUUAUGUCUGUGUUCUGUUUCUGUCGUUUUGAAAUAGCUGAAAAAAAAAGGAAAAAAAAUCCAAGGUAGUUUUGACAUGGACUGUUUAAAAUGAACGAGGGAGAACAAAUGUAAUUUCUGCUACAUUUGAUACAUAAAAAGAUGCACACUGAGAACGCUAGCUAAAGUGUCCUUAACGCAGCUUUGGUGAGUAGAAAGGCUAGCACACAGUAACCUUGUACAGAACCAAAGGAGAGCUACAAACAUUGCUAUGUAAUGUGACAUUUUGAUUUGUACAUAUUUGAACAAAUAAAGAGGUUGAAAGAAUUUGAA